UAUCACAUGGUCCUAAGUAUUCAGGUAAUUGGCAGUGGGGAAUAAAUGAUUAAUCAGAUUUUCUGGCAUCCGGAGCUGGGUUGCUAGGCAGAGCUCUGCAUUAAGCGAGCACGCGCACGCCGCUGAUUGGCCAAACAUUGGCAUUAGCGGUGCGGGGGGGGGGGGGGGGGGGUGCGCUGUCCUCUGCGUGGCACUCUCGUAAAGAAUAAACACCGCGCUAAAAUGUUACACAUGGUGAAGACUUGCAGACGAUAAACUGAAUAAGCAAACGACCUCUACUUUUGUCUGGGAGUUUAUUCGAGGUAAGAACUGUAUAUUCUCAUAUCAGUAAAUCAGAUACUACGCGUGGGGCGUGGCUUGAGAUAAACAGUGCCAGCUCCUAAAAUGCGAUGUAUUGCAAUGCAGCUCAAAACAAACUAACAUGUAUAGCAGGCGGUUGUGAUUUCUCUCUCUCUCUCUCUCUCUCUCUCUCUCUCUCUCUCUCUCUCUCUCUCUCAUUCUAGAAGGAAACCUCUUAAAGGGUGAUUGACACACCAAGCAGGUGUGUCCAGCUGCAUACUGACAUCAUAGGAGUCUCUCUGGCUUCACAGUCAUGAGUGAAGGGGCAUCUGGAGACAUCACUGGUCUGGAGCUGGAGGGAGCGACUGGGACAGAGGAGACCCCAGUGAACACGAUCCAGAGGUCAGCAGAGGAGGAGGGAACCACCACUCGGAGGAAAAAGAAGAAGAAAAAGAAAGAGAUCAUCUACCGCUCUGACCUGAAGAUGGAGGAUGCUGGGGAGGGAACCUCAGCAGAUGUGGACGGAAGCUUUAGUCCUGGACUUUACGAAGAUGAAGAGGGUAUCCCUCCUGACAGCCGUUACGUGACCCUGGCUGGCACCAUCACACGGGGAAAGCGGAAAGGCCAAAUGGUAGACAUCUAUAUGACGCUUACAGAUAAAGAGUUGAGAGACAUUGCACGCUCCAAAGAGCGUCUAGAUGCAGAAUGUGAUGGGGCUGCAGAAGCCAAGCAAAAACCCUGUGCACUGGGGGUCAGCCAGGGCCCUCAUGUUCUCCUCUGGAGCCUUUCCUGCUCUCCAUUCAUCUUCUUUCUCUCCUUCAUCACAUUGUUUUACUAUGGAACGCUCACCUGGUACAACGUCUUCCUGGUUUACAAUGAGGAACGCAGCUUUUUGCACAAAAUCACGGUGUGUCCCUUGCUCAUUCUGUUAUACCCAGUGCUGAUCAUGACGUUAUGUGUUUGUAUGGGGGUGUAUGCCACCUUGACCCAGCUCUCCUGGGUUUUCGGAGAAUGGUGGCUGGCGGUGAGGGACCUGGAGAAGGGCUUCUGUGGGUGGAUGUGUGGGAAGCUGGGGUUGGAGGACUGCGCCCCAUACAAUGUGGUUGAGCUGCUGGACUCUGACACUCUGUCCGGGACCCCCCAGGAUAAGAGGAUGCAAGAUGCUGAGAACACUUCUACUUUGUGAACUUGAAAAGAAGGAAUCAUUUUCGACAGCAUUUAACUUGUUUUCAAACCCGAGCAAUCAUAUUCAUUUUGUGAUAAUUCACAAAAAAAAAAAACCUCACCCCUAAUGUAGUUCCAAACCUUUUGUGUGGAACACAAAAUAAGAAAUUUUGAACACUGUUGAUAACCAAACCACAGUUUUAUAGAUGUGUACAUGCUGAUAGAGAAUUAUCAAUUAAUUAGUUAGAAACAUACUGUGUUUUGGCUGUUUAUUGUAAAAUAUCACAAAAACAAUGAAAUAUAGGGCCAAGUUAAUCUAAGAAUUCAGAACAUUAUCUUUCCAUAUCCAAUAAAAAAAGAAAAUAA